AUGCCUUCAAGCACUAUUGCGCCGAAGUCUAAGCCUCUCCCUCAGGGAGUGUACAACCCUGUUGUUACGCUCUAUAAAGCCGGCGACCCUCUACAACCUGUCGACCAUGAUGCUAUGUACAAACAGUGUCAAGCGCUAGUACGCGCUGGAAUGCAUGGCCUCGUAUACUUGGGCACGAACGGCGAGCUCGCACUUCUUACGGCCGAUGAGCGCAAGGCGAUAAUCGAGACCGCAGUGCGCGCCGUAAAAGACCUCCAAAAGCCAGACUACCCGAUCGUCGCAGGGAUCUCAGCACAGUCGACCCGCGAGGCUAUUUUGAACGCAAAAGACGCCACGAGCGCCGGCGCCAGUUUUGCCCUACUUCUGCCCCCUAGUUAUUGGCCAAAGGCACUAUCCAACGAGGCGAUCCUGGGCUAUUACCGUGAUGUUGCAGACAGCUCUGAUAUCCCGAUUGUCAUCUACAACUUCCCUGGUGUAACAUCAGGGGUUGAUCUCGACUCCGACCAACUUACUGCAUUGGCAUCACACCCCAAUAUUGUGGCUGUCAAGUUAACCUGCGGAAACGUCGGAAAGUUGACGAGAUUAACAAGCAAGUUCAACCACGAGCAAUUCGGUGUCUUUGGUGGAAGCAGCGAUUACCUUCUACCUACGCUGCAAGCAGGAGGCAGUGGUUGCGUGACGGGAAUGGGGAACAUCUUUCCGGCCUCGACGUCUGGUGUAUUCGAUCUAUGGAAAGCUGGACAACUCGAAGCCGCACAGAAAUUGCAGUUCGACGUAGCUAAUGCAGAGUGGGCUUGUAAGAAAGGCAUUGCGCUCACCAAAUAUGGUGCUUGGUACUUCCUUGGCCGCGAUAUCGGCAUCGAUGAUGAGUCUUCAUGGAACAUGAGAAAGCCAUAUCUGCCACUGGGUGAUGCGACGAAGAAUUGGGCCCUGGAGACAUUAGGUGUGCUGGAAACAGCCGAAAAGCAGAAGCCUUGGCGCAAGUAG